AUGACAGUUGGUGGAGUUGGGGGACCCAUAAUAGUUGCAGGUUUGUCCUUAUCUUUGUUCUGUUUGUUGGUAUCUCUACUAGUAUUUACAGUUUGCAGAUCUCUCUCCUGUGGUCGAAUAACAAUGCAUAAGAAUAUGUUCCUCUCUCUAACCCUGAACAAUAUCAGCUGGCUGCUCUGGUACCAUUUAGUACUUUUCCAGAGUUCUGUGUGGUCAAGUAAUGUUGUCUGGUGCAGAGUUCUUCAUGUUAUCUUAAACUUUCUGAGUGGUCAAAGUUCUGUGUGGUCAAGUAAUGUUGUCUGGUGCAGAGUUCUUCAUGUUAUCUUAAACUACUUCAUGCUCACAACCUACUUCUGGAUGCUCUGUGAGGGAACCUACCUUCAGCUCCUACUUAUGAACACAUUCCAGGUUGACAGUAAGCGAGUGAGGGGCCUACUAUGCCUGGGAUGGGGAACCCCGGUCCUAAUUGUUAUACCGUACUCCAUCUACCGACAAAUUUAUGAAAACUCAAACUGCUGGAUGGAAGUUGACAGAGAGAGCAGUUACUUCCUUGGCAUUCCAGUUCUUAUUGUCAUCAUUGUCAACAUUGUUUUCCUAACAAAUGUAAUUAGGAUACUGAGAUCGAAACUUAGUCUGGAACAUCAGACCCAUGUCAGGAGAAACAGUCGAAAUCAGGCAACGUUGAAACAAGCUAAAGCAGCGCUUUUUCUAGUUCCUAUUCUUGGAGUUUAUUUCCUCCUGACUCCAGUCCGCCCCUCCAAGGGUUCAAAUCUGGAAUAUGCGUACGAAAUAUUAUCAGCUAUAUCCUCAUCAUUUCAAGGUUUCUUUGUAUCUGUUCUUCUCUGCUUUACUAACUCAGAAGUGAUAAAUCUUGUGAAACAGAGGAUGUAUCAAUUUCGGGUUUCCAGAAAUGCAAUCCAGGCAGGAGACUUUAAGAUGAACCACACAAACUAUUCAGUCUCCUUGCCCAGAGUCGCAGAGGGGGCCCUGAGUGCAGUGAAACUGGGCACUGUGCCAAUAAUGCAGGCAGACGAGGAAACCGGUUUACAAGAUUUAACAGCUGAUGCCCACGUGGACAUAGAGAAGAAGAUUAUUGGUGUACAGUUUCACGCUGUCAGCUAUACUGCUAAACUAGAUGUUGUGCAAGUCAAAAGUGCAGAAUUGUAUGAUAUUUAAGAUUAAUGUGCAUGAUGUUUAAUAAUAAUGUUUUUUUAA